UAACGUCUGGGCCAUAAUUUGAAAAAUCAAGUGAUUAUGCUGUUGGAAUGUUUUGCACAUUUAUAAAUAAAUAUAUCUGGAAUUUAAUUCUUACUGUCUAGAAAUGGGAUGUAUAUUUACAUGGAGCUGUUAUAUCUGACAACGCUGUAGUCUCCGAAAUGGGAACAAAGGGCAGUGCCGAAACUGAAGAAAAACCAGGAUCAUCUCAAGACACGCCUGACAAAGAUGACGACGUGUUUUGGGAUAAAGUUUAUCGAGCGACGAAAAUCGUUUUCUCAGGACUUCUAUUUCUUCUUGUGCUAAGUUCUGCCGUUGUGUCCAAAGGAGCCUUAUUGGUAUUAAUAUGGAACAUAUUUACACCUUUCAACACGACAAAGCCGGUGCUUAAGACACUUGGAGGACAUUUCCAGUACAGAACAAAUAGUAAAAAUGGUACUAAUCAACAAGACAUAACUGCAGGAUUCACAAAGACAAACGUUUAUUUUGUAUGGGCGACAUUUCUUGUGGUCGUUACACCAUAUCUGCUCUCUAUAAUGGUAAACCUUUGGAAAGUAUUGUCAAAGAAAUCGGACGAACUGAGAUGGAUUCCACUGCUUAUAGCAAUUGUAACAGCAAUAGUACAUUCCGUCGGACUAAGUAUAUUCGUGUUUUCUCUUCUACCUGCGUUCGAUCCUAUAUCCGGCGUGUUCUAUGGUGCUACCAUAACAUGUGUCCCUAGUCUGGUGCAUAUUGUCUUUUCAGACAAGACAUUACUGAUCAAACAAACUGGUGUGUCUAUCAAGGUGGUCUGGCCCUUCGUGGGAAGAAUACUUGCAUUUAUAUUUAGCAUUAUUUCAUUGAUAUGCUGGUGUGUAUAUGUAUAUCGUGCAUCAAGUCCUUCAGUGUCGGUAGCAAGCCUCUUCAUGUUUGUAUUUGUUCCAGUGCUUGUGUCGUGUGGCUGGUGGGAAAACUUUGGACCGGAACUGCAUCCUACUGUCACUUCCGAGGCUGCAAUACCAGAAUCUGAUGCCAAGACAGAUAAGUCGCAAGCACGACCGAUGCAGUCCAGCAAUAUACCUGUCGAGGAAGCUGAGACUUCAAAGUCCGAAGAAAAAUCAAAUAAUAUCGAGACAUUUUGGAGUCACAUAUAUAUACUUAAAGAUCUAACAUACACCGGGAGAUACAAAAUAUAUUUACUUGUUAACAUAUGUAAAGUGAUCGUUACCUUUGCAAUGCUCGUAGGCAUUUAUGGGCGGCAUAUUUUUGAAGUUUCGCCUGUCACAAACGGGACAUCGGUUAAACAGGUUUCAAAUGUUUUUGCUAGUACAUGGUUCUACAGCUGGGGUACAUGCACAUGUUCGGUGCCAUUUACAAUAGCAGGUGUCGCUGCAUUUACUAGCCUCAUUUGUCACAGGUAUGCAUACGUACGUAAGUCACCUACCUAUGUUUUCUUUUCCAAUCAGUGA